CGUUACAAAUAAAACUGGGGGAAAGAAAGUGAGAGAGCGAGGGAGAGAGAGAGUUGCUGUGAGGGAGUUUCAAGAUUCUAGAGAGAGAAAGAUGGUGGGGGAAGAGAAGAGGCAUCAGAUGAUGCAAAAUCUGUUCGGUGAUCAGUCAGAGGAGGAAGAAGAAGAGGUUGAAUCAGAGCACGAAUCAAAUCGACAGCCCGACUAUAUCUCUGAUGAAGCGGAUGGCGGGCUGGACCCUGAGGGUGAAGGUGAAGCUGAAAUAGAGGGUCAAGGUGAGGCAGAAGUGGAGAGUGAAGGUGAAUUACAUGACAUAGAUCCUGAUCACGGAGAGAGUGAAGGUGAAAGAGAUCAAAGUUCACAGGACAUGGAGGUCGGUGAUCAAAGGGAGGAAAGUGAAGGGAAAGAGACGGAUAGUGAUGAAAAAGAAGAGUAUGGUCAAAGAGUGGUAACAAGUAGGCGACGUGAUGUGAUUGAAAGUGGUUCAGAGAGAUCCGAGGAACAUCAUUAUGCUGACAAUGAAGAUGAAGAGGUUGAUCAAGCUAGAAGUCCAAGCAGUAGAUCACCAGGUGAGGAGAAAGAUGAAACUCACAUUUCACAGUCAGCUCCUGAGAUCCGCGAUGUAUUUGGUGACUCUGAUGACGAAGAACCAGCUGAGUAUGCAGUUCAGAAUCAUACUGAGCACGAUUCAGAUAGAUCCCCUAUGGAAGAGGAAGUGAGCUAUGGGAAGGAUCUGAGACCGGAGGAUAUGCUACAUGAUGAAGAUGCUCAGUAUGAGUCCGAAGAAGAGCACGUUGAGCCUAAACCCAAGGAAAAACCAGUUGGUCCACCGUUGGAGCUAGAGAUUCCAUUACGUCCUCCUCCUGCUCAUCCAGAUAAAAUGAACAUGAUCAAAAUUUCAAAUAUAAUGGGCGUUGACCCAAAACCAUUUGAUCCUAAGACAUACGUGGAAGAUGAUAUCUUUGUGACAGAUGAAUCAGGAUCUAAGAAAAGAAUUCGGCUGGAAAAUAAUAUUGUCCGCUGGAGGACUGUAAGAAAUGCAGAUGGCACUACAUCCUGUGAAAGCAAUGCACGCUUUGUGAGAUGGUCCGAUGGGAGUUUACAGCUAUUAAUUGGGAAUGAAGUUCUUGACAUAUCUGUGCAAGAUGCGCAGCAUGAUCAAGCACACCUUUUUCUUAGACAUGACAAGGGGAUCCUCCAAUCGCAAGGGAGGCUUCUAAGGAAAAUGAGGUUUAUGCCGUCAUCCUUAUCAUCUAAUUCUCAUCGGUUGUUGACUGCUCUUGUUGAUUCGCGGCAUAAAAAGGUUUACAAGGUUAAGAACUGCGUCACAGACAUCGACCCUGAGAGGGAAAAGGAACAAAAGGAAAAGGCUGAAAGUCAAAAUAUUAGAGCUACUGAACUUCUUAACCGAAAGAAGGAAAAAGUGAGCAGAAAGUAUACACAAACUGUACGCAGGGAACGCCAACUUUCUCCUGGAUUCUUGGAAGAUGCACUUGAGGAGGAUGAUGAACCAGAUUAUUAUGAAUCUCGUCGCUCUGCAGCCCGGCCUCGCUUUGAGGAAGACGCUGAAAUGGAAGCUCAUAAUGAGAAACGCAUUAUAAAUGCAAAGAAGGCACACAAAGACAUCCCUCGCAAGUCAUCCUUGCCAGCUGUUAAAUCAUCUCGGCGUCCAGUGGAAUUUUCUGAAAGUGAGAGAGAGGAGUCAGAGUACGAAACCGAUGGGGAGGAAGAGGAGCUGCCUCCCCCUCGUACGAGGGCUGAGGAGCCAGUGGAUGAAGAUGAAGAGGAAGAGGAAGAACAUGAUGAUGAGGAAAUAGCGGCAAAUGAAGCAUCAGAAGAGGAGGCUGAGGAGCCGAAACAAAAGCCUAAGGAGUCGAGAGGUGGUCUCAAGCGCAGCGAGAUCGAGUCAGAUGAGGACUCUCCUCCAAGAAAGGCUGCCCCCCAUCGACGAAUGGCAAUUGUUUAUGAUAGUGAUGAGGAGUGAAAUAUGCUUCAGACUGAAUACAAGAUGAGAAAAGUAUAUCUUUGAUGUGCAUGUGUUCGACAUACAGAUUGGAUGCUCCUCAUACAUUGAUUUUAAAGUUACAGCGGCAGACAUGGAGAUUGCUAGUGUUAUUUCAUGGAUCCUUAUCCUAUCAUUAAGAGAAAAAUGAAUUGUCCAGUUCCUAAUAAUGUAUAUGUUUUGCUUAUAAAUGCUUUACUGAGAUCCUAAAAUUUUCUCAAUUUUAUGCAUGCACAAAUUUCAUAAUUUUGAAUGGUUAGUGUUUUUCGUGGUUAA